GCGGAGGGAACGUCGCGCGCGCGCGCGUAGGUAAUCGACGCCGCCGAGAGCGAGCCCGUCGCAAGAUGGCGGCGGCCAUGCUGGGCCCGGGAGUUCUGUCUGCGCAGCCGGCAGGGGUAGUGGCUCGGGCACUAGCGAAGUCGGCUACGGCGCCUGAGGCCGAGGUGGCGGAUCCCCUGCAGCCCCAACGGCAGCGGCACUAAGCGGAAGUCUUCCUUUUCUCCGUACCCGGUCCGCUCGCAGCAGGCCGGCCCUCUCUUCCCCUACCUGCCCCUGCUCUGCUCGCCUCCCUAGGUGCCCGCCUCCUUGCCCUGCCCUACCCAACCCGCCGGCCCCCGGAAUGGAGUUUCCCGGGGGCCCCGGCAUGGCGGGGCCCAGCAACGUCCCUGCUUUCCUGACCAAGCUGUGGACCCUGGUGGGCGAUCCGGACACAGACCCGCUAAUCUGCUGGAGCCCGAGUGGGAAUAGCUUCCAUGUUUUUGACCAAGGCCAGUUUGCCAAGGAGGUGCUGCCAAAGUACUUCAAGCACAACAACAUGGCCAGCUUCGUUCGGCAACUCAAUAUGUAUGGUUUUCGGAAAGUUGUCCACAUUGAACAAGGUGGCCUGGUAAAGCCGGAGCGAGAUGACACCGAGUUUCAGCACCCAUUCUUUAUCCGAGGCCAGGAACAGCUCCUAGAGAACAUCAAGAGGAAAGUAACCAGUGUCUCCAGCAUAAAGCACGAGGACAUAAAGGUCCGACAAGACAAUGUCACCAAGCUGCUAACAGAUGUUCAGAUGAUGAAGGGCAAACAGGAGAGUAUGGACUCAAAGCUUAUAGCCAUGAAACAUGAGAAUGAAGCCCUUUGGAGAGAAGUUGCCAGCCUUCGGCAAAAGCAUGCCCAACAGCAAAAAGUAGUCAACAAGCUGAUCCAGUUCCUGAUAUCUCUGGUCCAGUCAAACCGGAUCCUGGGGGUAAAGAGGAAGAUCCCCCUGAUGUUGAAUGAUAGCAGUUCGGCACAUUCCAUGCCCAAGUUCAGCCGCCAGUUCUCCUUGGAGCAUGUCCAUGGCUCCUCUCCCUAUACGGCUUCUUCCCCAACCUAUAGUGGCUCCAACCUAUACUCCUCAGACUCUGCAGCCAAUAGUGGACCCAUCAUUUCAGAUGUCACAGAGCUGGCCCAAUCCAGCCCCUCGGCUUCCCCCAGUGGCAGCGUGGAUGAGAGGAUCAGCCCAAUGAUACGAAUCAAGGAGGAGCCCCCCAGCCCACCACGAAGCCCCCAGAUCGAGGAGACCAGUCCGGGCCACCCCCCCUCAGUGGUGGAGACUCCCCUGUCCCCUUGCACCUUCAUCGACUCCAUUCUUCAGGAGAGUGAGCCCAGCACUGCCGCCUCUGUUUCUGACACUGUUGGGGGAGUCAUCUCCUCUCCACCUCCAGGCCCCCCCCAGACUCCCGAAAAGUGCCUCAGCGUAGCCUGCCUCGACAAUUUGACUUGCACUCCACAGAUGUCUGAGGUCACCUGCCUCUUCCCCAGCCCUGCCUCUUCCUCUCUGCAUUGCCGAUCACAACCAGGAAAUGAGCUCAGUGAGCACCUGGACACCAUGGAUUCCAACCUGGACAACCUACAGACCAUGCUGACCACUCAUGGCUUCAGUGUAGACACCAGCGCCCUGCUCGAUCUCUUUAGCCCCUCAAUGUCUAUGACAGAUAUGAGCCUGCCUGACCUAGACAGCAGCCUGGCCAGUCCCCUCACUCCCCACCCCCUACAGAUCCAGGAUCUCCUCUCCUCUCAAGAGCAACCAAAGCCUUCGGAGACUGAUACAGGUGGUGCCGACUCAGGGAAGCAGCUGGUGCACUACACAGCCCAGCCCUUGUUCCUGGUUGACUCCAGCACUUUGGAUACAACAGGGAAUGACCUGCCCAUCUUCUUCGAACUAGGGGAGGGGCCUUACUUCUCGGAGGGGGAUGACUACACUGAUGACCCCACCAUCUCCCUGCUGUCUGACUCUGAGCCAACCAAGGCCAAGGACCCUGCUAUCUCCUAAGGCCCCCUUCCUCUGGGAGGGGGAUGAUCCGGGCAUCAGGGUCCCCCUCCCUUCCUUGCCAGCUUCCCCAAGGGUGGAAGAGGGGCACUGUUCCAUGGGUUUGCGCUCAGUGAAGUUGCUGGGAAUCUAAUCUGGGGCCAGACAAGCCUGAUGGAGGGGACCUGGCAGCAGAUAGGACCUAGGCCAUAAUUGAAGGGCCACUCGCCUGAGCAAGGGGAGAGUGCCCAGGGGGCCAUUCUGGACAGAGCCUGGUAGAAUGGAAGCAGCCCCAGGUGAGCAGAGGGCAACAGGAGAAAAGACCCCGGCCUGGACACCAUGCAUGCCAUGGGGUGGGACCCUGCCCACCACCUCUCUCUUUUCCCCCGUGGCUCCACUGGGCAGCACUUUAUGCUUGCCCCUCUCCCUGUCCUUGGCUCCGUAUGUUCUGUUGGUUGGUUUGGGGUUUUCUCGGUUACACUUUGUACUGACCCCGCUGAUUGUUGAUAGAAUUGUAUUUUGGAUUUUUACACGAGAGAAGUUUCUACUUCUCCCCCUAUAUAUAUAGAAAAUAUAUAUAUAUAUAUAUAUACACACACACACACACACACACACACACACAUACAUACAUACAUACAUAUAUAUAUAUAUGAAGACAGACAGACAGAUUUAUAAACAGACGGGCUAUGUGGUUGUGGUUUCUCAGCUAAUGGGGAGUGUUAUUCCUGACAUGGGGGGAUUGAGGGGUUACCCUGAACUCCACCUGUGCUGAGGGUGCUAAGAUGACUUCAGUAUUGGGGGAGGGAGGCCAGGAAGGGAAGCAAGCAAGAGGCAGGGGCUAAGCUGUCAGCUGGGGAGAACAGACCCAGGCAAGUGGAUAGGCCUCUGCUGAGGGGGAAGGUGCCAGGUCCUGGUGGGUUUUUCUGUGCUCCCUCUGGGUGGGGUGUUUGAAGGGUUACACACACACUUCCCCAGGGUUAUAGAAUUUAGAGCAGGAAGCAACCAGCGGAAGUCAUUGGGCUCCAGAUUAGUUGCGUGAUCUUGGGACAAGUCCCUUAACUCUAGGCCUCAAUGUCUUCAUCUUUAAAACAACAACAAAAAAAUACUGUCCUAGAUUACCAAAUCCCUUCUCUAAAUCCUCUGAUCCUGAGUGACCCACCCAAGGUCACAAAGCAUAGUAGGGGGAACCAGGAUUCAUAAACAAGUCUUCUAGAUCCAAAUUCCUUGUUCUCCUGCACCCCCUGCCUCCUCUCUCAGGCUGUUCUCAUCUCCCUUCUUUGUCCAUUUCUCUUGUAGGUCUAUUUCACUGAAUAAGUUCAUGAUGUUUUAACCUGGAUUUACCCCCCACAUUUCUGUAAUUUCCCUCUAAAAAGGCUUAUUUCAUCCUUCUAACCUUUUGUGUGAAGAAAUUUCGCAAUUGACAAGAGCAUGCAAGUCACACUGACCCAAGCUCCCCCUAACCCCCUGCUACUAACUGAUUGGGUCACUAGAUUCCCACCUAAUAUGGAAGGUGGUAGAUGCCUUCAAAUUUGAUGGAUGCCAAUUUAACCUAAAGCCAGAUACCCCUGUCCCUAGUCCACAGCCAGUCCCACUAAGGCCAGGAUUUUCUCAGAUGCAUUUAUUAAGAAGAUAGAGCUGUUGCUCAGGAAUAAAGUGGGGGCAAAGAACAGGGUAGAAGAACCAGAAACAGAUUCUUAGCAAAGGCUCCUGGCAGCAACUUUAUAGGCCUGUAGGGUACAAAGAAAAGGAUGUCAGAAUGGGAUUUCUCAUUGAGCCAGCUUCCCUUCUGGUGCCCUAACACCACCAAUCCUUAGGGCCUGUGUUGACAACCAGAUUUCACUUGGGAACUAGAUCUUGGACCAGGUCUCAGGCCUCAGUUUCAUGUGGCUACACCACCAACUUGUCCACUAAGGUCUUCACUUCUGGGGGUGUUAGGAGGAUGAAGAUAAAUCUGGUGUUGACAGAUCUCUGACAGUGACCUAUCUAGUUGAAUGUAGCAGCUUCUCUCACCCAUCCUCUCCCACGUUCCCAUAUCUUACCAGUAUUAAAUGGGGCAAAUCCUUCAUAAGUUUCCUCUCAGAUGUUAGUCUGAGAAAUAGUCUGAGGCAGAUGGAAGUUUCUUCCAGCAUGCCUUUCAGAAAGGGGCCUUGAAGGAAAGCUGAUUUCCAAUGCUGUCCCACCCACAGCCAAAUGACCCAUGAAUCUCAACUCUAGAACUAGGCAUGAACAAGAAUCCCCUCCCUCUGCAAUGUUGUGGCUCAGCUUUGCCACGAAAAUCUCUCCCAAGAGAGAAUCUUUGCCUUCUGGCUUUGGGCAGACUGACCCUUUCUUGUACACAGAAAUCCUUCAGACAUUUGAUGAAGGAUGAUGUCCCAGCCUUAAUCCUCCAAGUUAAAGACCCAAGAUUCCAUCUAUCCUUUUCAGGCCUGCUUUUGACUUUCUAUUUCCUGCUCAGUAUCCCUUGGUGGCCUUUUUUGUCACUAUGUCUACAUAUGUGCACUCACGCAUUCCCUUCCCCUGGGGUCCAGGUGGAGAGUGCUGAGCUCACCUCCAGUCUUCUGGAAGGGGGAAUCCUCUUCCUCUUCCUCUUCUUCUGCAAAGGGCAAAGAAAGGAGAGUGCAGCACCCAUCUCCCAUAUCUCUUCCUUGGGUGAGUGAGCACAGCCCCAGUAGUUAGAGGGUCAUUGCCUUGAUGCUCAGCCUAGAGAGUCUUACCUGAUGCAUUCUCACCUUCAUCCUCAUCUCCAAGAUCCUCACUUCCUUCAUCCUCGCUUGAGUCAGAAUCAGGUUCAUCUUGGAACUCAGACUCUAUAGUAUUUCCCUCACCCUGAGUCUGCAGGAUACGCUUUUUUGACAACGGAGCUUCCACUUCAGGAGAAAUUUUAAGGGGCACAGUGAGGGGAGAUUGGGACCCCAGAGAUUGGGGAAGAAGUUGGAGGUCAAAAGGAAGGAGUAGGGUGGAGAUCUUGGCAACCUAGCCCAAUAGCCUACCUUCAUACAGAGUCUUCAGAGUGGAAACCAAGUGAUCUGCAAAAGAUGGCAGAGAUUCUGUUUCUGAGAUACACUAUCACUGCUUCCCUUCCCCUGACAGCUGGGAUAGAUAGAUGGCCUCUCCAUAGGACUGAAAGGCAUUGCAAUCCCAACUCUGCUCUGUAUAUCCCAAAUGCACAACUGCCCUUUCCUCACUCCUAAAUUCUUGGGUUAGACAAGGGAAAGGGAAGUGAAUCUCACCUUCUGUAGCCACUAGAGCCAGAAACAAGAUCAGCAAAGAGACAGGUAGCAAGAACCUGAGAUCAGAAUAGGGGGAGUUACUUGGAGGGGUCAGCUGACUCUGGGGCUACACAUGUCCAGAACUCCAUCCCAGAUGGACUGUCCAAAAGUCCAUACCUCAGGACAGACCAUGUACAUCCCAGACCCAGAAACCCUCCUUCCUUUUAAGCCUCUAACCCAGUGUCCCAUGACCUUACCGAGUGCUGGGAGCCAUGUCUGCAUCCAAAUAAAGGGGGUAAAGGACAGUAGUCCCCUGGACAGAACCAUAACUAUAUAAAGGGAGGGAGGGUGGGGCCUCGGCAGGGACCGCCUCUCCAGUCACUUAGGUCUGUCCCUCCUACAAUUCUAUCCCUCUUCCACCUCAGUAUCCUUGCUUAUUGGCUCAUCUCUGUCUUCCAAGGAAAGGCAUAGAAAAUGUAAAGUGAAAGGGAUCUCUGAACCCCCCCAGGACAAUUUCCUGGACCCAGAUAGUCAUGGUCUCCUGCAUCCUCUUCAACCCAACACUUGCAGGCCCUGAGCUAAGGCAAGGGAGUUGGGUAGAAGGGCCUCAGAAGAAGUUAGGUCAGGAAAAGGAUUAGGGGCAAAGUAAACAGAACAGUACCAAGGAGGGGAAAGGAGAAGGUACCAGUGCCUGGGACAAAGCAGGAAGAGAAAGCAUGGGCUCAGGCUCUAGAUGGUCCUGGAGCAUGGGGAAGACCUAAGAACAAAGGGCCCUUUCUAGGGAAACUAACUCAAUGCCCCCUUUGUCUUGCCCUGAGAGAGCUGGAAGUGGGGUGGUGUACAGCCAAGGGCAACUCUGAAAGGGCUUUGUUGUCCUUGGAUGAGCUGAGACGGGACCUUGGCCCAGCCCUGUACCCAGGAGAAAUACAUGGAUUAGCACUGCUCUAUACAGUCCUAUUGAAUUUCCUCAAUUUCUGCUAUCCCUUAACUGGGCAUCUUCCAGGAAGAGAACUCCUAGGCAUCUAGUUUGCAUGCUGUUCCCCUCCUCAAUGUUCACAUUUCACCAGUCACCAUUUAGAGAUCUUUUGUGUAGAUUAGAGGCUGGUGACCCAGUGGUAUUGGGAACCUGAUGAGCCAUCCUGGACCUCCUAAAAUACUUAACCAUCAAGGCUGCCAAUAGGGAUCACAGAUCUGUACCCAAAACCAAAGAAGAGUAGAGCCAAACCUGGGCCAAGCCUUGCCUACUUUCUGAAAGAAGACAGGACCCAUUGUACUUGGAGACCCAGAGGGCUUUCCAGUCAGUCUGAGAUGCCUCAUCAGCCCUAACACUACCUCCGUCUCCUUGGACUGACUUCUUCAACAAUGAGCCACCAGAACUGAUGGGAGUAACUGUGACCUAUACAGCGUUCUUUGAGAUACCACAUAUAACUCCAUAGCCCUAGCAACACUACCAGAGUUCCAUUCCAGAUGGUGCCAAAACAUCUCUUACACCAGGGAUCUUGGUGUGGGCCCUCUUCUAGAGGCAUUUGCCCUCCUAGGGGUCAUGGUCUUCAAGCCAGGACCCAUCCUCCAGGAUCAGGGUUUGUUUUCUCUUUCAGACCACCACAUCCAUUCUUCUGAACUUGGUGUACUCCAUCUGGCCGAACAUCUACCCCUCAAGGGUCAGGGCCCUUCUAGUUGGAAUCAUGGCAUGUUUGCCCAACCACAUCCCUGCUCAGGGUUACAACCUCAGGUGUAGAAUAAUCUCUGAGGUCCUAGAUCCCAUGAUCCAGCUAGAAAGUAUUAAUUCUGCACUCAUGAUAGACUAUCCACCAUUACUAGACAUCACUGUCUUUCCCACUCUAGCAAUGGGGACCUCCAUUAGUAUCCCGCAUUUUCUUAGGACCCCCAAAACUGAAGCUAGUCUCCUCUAGGACAUGCUACACAAGCCCAGUGAGAAAUAUGCCAAAGUACAUAGCCUGAUUACUGGACACUACAGAGGUUAAGCUCCCAAAGGUCCCACAAACUCCCUCGUUUUAUAUUCCAUGAAACAAAAUGCACACACAGUCUUCCAGGUCAGGGUACCCUCUCAAAUUGAGGAGAAUUAUUGCAGGAACCAUCACAUACUAAUCCCCUGGCAUAGUUGGGAAAGAGUAUCACCAUACCAAGGAAUACAGAGAUGGAAUCAUCAGGACAUGAUCUGUGAGGAUUAUGGCUUGUGGGGAAGAGAAGACAAGUGAGAAGCCUAAACUUAAGAGCCGAGGCAAUUGAUCUGAAUUGUGGAGCCACAUCAUUGUGGCUGGUUUCAAAUCCCAGCUCUGCUACUUUCUAAUUGAGUCACCUGGGACAUGUCAGGCACUUUGCCUCUCUGAGCCUUGGUUUCCUUAUCUGUAAAAUGAGGGAGUUGAACUAAAUAUGUCCUUUCAAAUUCUAUGAGUUCUUUUAUUAAGUUCAUUCUAGAAUCUGCUGAGGGUAAGGUCCUGGCUGGAACACAAUGGCAAAUGUCUUGGAGGCAACCAGAUGCCCAGCUAGAGCUCAGAGGAGUCAGGACUGAAGAUUUGGGAGUCCUCCACAGAAAUGGUAGAUGAUGCUAAGGGAAUUAAGGAAUUCAUGAGAGGAUAAAGGGAAAGAGUAUGGAGUUCCAAAAGUAGCUGUCCACUGAUAGGUGCACCAGAGAAGUAAGUGCAAGUAAAGUGCUAUGUAAGUGAAGGGAGGAUAAUAAGGUAAUCCAACUGGGAGAAGAGGGAGGGGGGGGGCGCAAUCAGGGAAGGUUUCUUAGAGUAGAGGACAUUUGAAAGAAUGAGCUUGAAAGAAUUUUUAAAUGAAAGAAUCAGAGUAAGAAGGAACCAUAAAUAUAUCUCAGACAAAAAAAACAGGUCCUGGGAUGUUAAAGGGAAUACCUGAGGUCAUACAGCAGAAUAUGAGUCUAGGUUUAUGUUGGUGAACCUAUGGCAUGUGUGCCAGAGGGGGCUGUUCCCUUCUCCCUCUCCACAUGUGCACCUGAGGACAAUUCUCACAUCAGCCCACUGGAAGCACUUCUUCCCUCCCCUAUCUGGGGAACGGGUGGCUCACAUGCUAUGUGAGAUGGUAAAAGUUUUGCCAUCACUGUUAUAGUUCCUCUGAUUCCAAAUAUAGGGCUCUUUUUGUAGAACUUUAAUAUUAGACAUUAAGCACUCAUAACAGACCAGGAGGUUGGAAAACAGUGGUGUGUGUGUGUGCAAAGGGGGAGUUGGUGCAGCCCCAAGUAAACCAUUUUAGUUGAAAUGGCUUACAUAUAAGAAUGUUAUGUAAAAGUGAAAUGGCACCAUGUUGCUGAUCAAAAACACAACAUACGCAACUUCCUCUGUCAAGACCUUUACUAUUAAGUCCCAGGGAUUUAUCAAUAAGCAUUAAGCACCUACUACAUGCUAGGCAGGAUGCCAAGUGCCACCUUUAGACUGGAUAGAUUGCCUAACCAUGAAGGACUGUCAGCAUUGCUGACCUCACUGACUUUUCUCAAAGUUCCCCUACGGGAGCCCAGCUUUCUCUCCUUUUUGCUCAAGGCCCACCUUGUCCUUCCUGUGUUCUGUUGGGCUUUAAGGCCCCUCUCUGUUCAGCCACUGUACCCCAGGAGCUACCAUCUCAGCGGAAAGAAACUUUGGAACAUCAAUCUCUCAUCUACUCCAUUCCUGAACAGGAUUUAUCACUACAGCAUUCCCAGCAAAUGCUGAUUGUCCAAUCUCCCCUGGAACAUCUCUAGGAAUGGGGAAGUUGCCAUUCCCAGAGCGGCCCAUUCCUUUUCUGGAGAGUUGCAGUUGUUUUUUGCUUCUUUUGAAUUGCUUCUCAGCCACCACUGCUCCCAGUGCCCUUGACCCCUCUUGGAGCCAAGCUAAGUCUAAUUCUUCUUUCGUACCACAGGCUUUCAAAGUGGAAGGCAACUUUCAUUCCCCAGACCUGGGCCUGUGACCUUCAGCUAACUUCCAAGGGUCUUCUUAGCUCCUCUGUUCAAAACUAAGCCCCAAGGAACCUUUGCAUCUCUCUCUUCCCUGCCUCCCCUCUAGGUGCCUUACAUGCCUUACCUUGGGUAAAAAUAGCCCCAAAAUUCCCCUAGUUACCUUCCCAAUUCAAGAAAAAAGUAGGUCUUCCUUCUGAGUUAUACACAUUGGCAGUGCAACCAUUUCAGAGAAUUUAAAUUAAAGAGAAAGUACCCUCAUUUCUCAUUGCCCCAGGUAUCCUUAUAAGCUCUGGCCUGCCUUUUCCAGCCUUAUUUACUUACCUCUCUGCCAGUCCAACUGGAUGACCAGCUGUUCCUUGAGCUUGGCAUGCUCUCACCUCCCAGUCUUUGUACAAGACCUUCCUUCAUGCCUGGAGUGCUCUUCUCAGAAUCCCUAUCUUCCUUCAAGGCUUAGACUAGGUGCCACCUGCUCCACAAAGCCUUCACUGAUUUCCCUACUAGAGACCACUGGUCAAGGAACUUCCUCUUCUAAAAUUACUCUGGUUAUCUAUGCACAUACCAAGGUCACUCCAAUAGAAUGUAAGUUUCUUAAGGACAGGGAUCCUUUUUGGUUUUGUCUUUGUAGCUGAGAUUUUUCCAAAGUCCGAAAUAAGUGUUUUGGUUGCUUUGUUUUUUAAUCUGAUAUCUGAGUCCCAACCCAAGACUAGCAAACCUUUUGGAUCUUGCCCUUGUAGCUAUUUGGAUCUCUGGGAUCAGAAAGAAGCCACCCCAAUUCCCGAUGGCCUCUUUGGCUGCCAAUGUGGUUGGACAUCCAGUUCUAGCAGCUGUUCUUUCCUCUCUGCCAAUCACUAUAUCUUCCAGGCCAAGAGUGUGUUUUGUUUUGUUUUAGGGUUAGUUUACAAGGGAAAGACUGACAUUCAGCUCACUUGCACAGACCUUUGUUAAGUGCCUAACAGAGAAAAACAACAUACUUUUUGACCUCAGGGAGCUUACAGUGUUCAAAGGGAAAAUAGGACUUUUCUUUCACUAGGGUCUUUAAGUGGAGGCUUCAUGAACAUUUGUUAGAGAUCUUAUAGAAGGAAUUCCUCUACAAGAGGAAUAUAAUCGGUCAACAAGCAAUCAACCAAUAGAAGUAUAAUCAGUCAAGAAGCAUUCAUUAAGCACUUCCUGUGCACCAAGAACUAAGCCAAACACAGGCUGAAGUAAGUAGUCAUUUAAGGUUCCUCCCAACUCUCAAAGACUACAUAGAAGGAUGACACCAAGCUGGUAAAUGAAAAAUAAUUUUGAGAAAAAAAUUACUUUCAGCUGUGGAAAAUAGGUAAAAUUCCAUGGCAGAAUGAUAGUCUAAAAAUUAGAAGGGACCUCCAAGGGUUCCUAAUCCCACCUGUCCCUGACCCAAGAUCCCUUCUUGUGUUAUUCAAUCAUGUUCUAUUCUCCUCUCAUUUGAGGUUUUCUUGGCAAAAAUACUCGAGUAGUUUGCCAUUUUCUUCUCCAGCUCAUUUUACAGAUGAGGAAACUGAGGGAGAGUUAAGUGACUUUCCCAGAGGGACAGCUAGGUUACUCAGUGGUUAGAGCUAGGCCUGGAGUCAGGAAGUCCUGGAGUUCAAGUUUGGCCUCAGCCACUUCCUGUGUAACUCGUUGUAUAAGUCAUUUAACUCCUGUUAGCUCCCCCUUGCUUUUCUUCCAUCUUGGAACCAAUACUUAAGUACUGAUUCUAAAACAAAAGGUAAGGGUUUUAUAAUUUUUUUUUAAAUGUUUAAAGGUGACUCCCAGGAUCACACACCUAGUGAAUAGCUGAGGCUGGAUUUGAACUUGAGAAGAUGUCUUCCUGACUCCAGUCCCAGAACUGUAAUCACGUUACCACCUAGCUGCUUUACCCCUUCUAUAAUAUCCAAAGUAAUUGAUUGUGCAGGCUCUGCUUAAAGGGCAGUUAGAUGACACAAUGGAGCACUGGACCUGGGAUCAGAAGAUCCAAAUUCAAAUCUAGAUUCUAACACUAUCUGGGUACCCUGCUCAAGUCAUUUAAUCUCAGGCUGCUAGUUUCCUCAUCUGCAAACUGAGAUACUAAUAGCACUUUAUCUUCCAGGAUUGUUGUAAGCAUCAAAUAAGAGUAUGGUGUAAAGUGCUAUUUUAUCCAGUGAGGGUAAACACCUGAUUAUCUUGACAAAGUCCCUUACAUCUUGGAUAGCUAUAAUUCUUUGGAUGUUUUUCCUUCUAUUGAACCUCAACCUGCCUCUCUGGAAUUUCCAUCCAUUGGAAAGUCUUACUUCUACCCUCUGAGGCCAAGCAAAAGUAUUCUAAUCCUUCUAUAGGACAACUCUUCGGAGCUUCCGGGGAGCAGCUUCAGAGGCAGAGACAUUCCACCAGGCACACAAUCACAGGAGUGCGAUUUAUCUGAGCAGCGUGUGUUCCUUUCUUCCAGUAGUAGUUUGGGAUUCUGGGAAAGAGUAUACCCCUAAUAUAUGCAGCCAAGGAGAGUCAGAAAGGGUUUUUUUAUUUGGCCUUUUUUACUAAUGAUAUCUUGCAUCAAAUCUGGUUUGCUAUGCAAGAGAAUACAUUGAAUGGAAAAUUUUUAAAAGACAUGGAUCUAAAGAGUAUCUCGACUCUGGGUAGAACUCUUGGUAGACCAUGUUGAGGGGAGCCUGGGCUACAGUUGAGAAUAGUUUAUCUGUGAUCUUUUACUCAUCAGAUUAAACACCCCUAGUCCCUUCAACCUAGCUUCCUAUGGGAUGUUCUCAAAUCUCCCCUUCCUGGUAAAAUUCCAGUGCAGCAAUUUGAAGGGUUAUUUUUGUGAGUCCUAGGGAGUUUAAGAAACAAACUUGUUCAGUUUCUCCUGCCCAUUUUUUAGUUCCUACAUUCGAUGUCAAAAGCUCUCCAAAUAAGUGAUUAAGUAGUAAACCAGCAUUUCUGCAAGGGAGAGGAAAAGAAAAACACUGGCACCAUACUUAUGUGUCCAAAUAAGAUUUAUUCAAGGAUAUUCUUUACACGAGUGACUAGAGGGAUGCCAGAGGCUUCCAAGUCUUCUAGAUUUGAGGCUCCACCAACUGAGUGACCAUUCCGAUGAUGGCUUUCUAGAUUUUCAAAGGCUCUGAUGUUGUGACCAUGUAAAGCAAAGUAUCUGUUAUCUUCUUUUUCAGAUUUUUAGUUAGGUGAAGGGACUGGUCAAGGAAAUGGAGAGCAUCUGAGUCUCCAUGGCAGAUUUGGGGUCUGUUUUCAUAGAUAGCCUGUUCUAAGGAAUCUCCUGAACAUGAGUUCAUACAAAUAACAAAAGGGCUAAAAUCUGCUCACAAACCAAACCUUUGAUCCAACUCAACUCUUCUAAACCAAUGUCCAGACUCUACGAGGCAAGCUACAAGUACAACAGACAUAUUAAAAUUACUGUAGGGCCUUUUGUUCAAUACUUUCUAUUUGGAAGUGUCUUCUCUCUAUGAGAUGGGAUAGUAGAGGGUUGUCCAGGAGUAGAGUAGGCCCCAAUACAACUAGUCACCCUCUUCUGGACAUGUUCCAACUGAUGUCUUUCCUAAUGUAACAGUCCCCACUCAACAGUUUGCUGCAGGAAAGCCUCUAUUCAUACAGGAGGCAAAUUACUGAGCAAUGUCAACGCAUCUAAGCAUAGUAAAACACAAUGAAGAAAGUCCAUAGGAUAAAAGCCAUUCUCAGUCUCUUGCCUCCAUUGUAUCCCCUCCGACUCUCUAGUCAGUUUUCCUAAGAGUCACACUCCAAGGACCCCUGUUGCUACUUGAAAGCUUUUCUGAAAGAGAGCAAGGUCAGUCCUGUUGGCUAGGACUCUGUACCCCUUGCCUGUUCUAGAAAAGGCCAACUGGAGCAUGUUUGGAGGGCUAUGUUAGAGUUAAUUCCCCCAGGCAGUCUGCCUUGGGGAGGGUAAUAGUUACUACUCUUUUAUAAUAAUAAUAUUUGCAAUAAUAAUAACUCAUACUUGCAAUAAUAAUAACUCAUCUUUGUUAAGGUUUGCCAAGUGCUUUGCAUAAUUCUUUCAUCUGAUCUGGUCAGACUGCCCAGGGAAGAUCCCCGGCCCCUCACCAGCUGUUCUUAGAGCUAUCUUUUUAUAUGCCUCACCACUUUGCCUGAAUGCCACUGAAAAGUGCACAUUUAUUAAGAGUACUGCAGAUUUUUAAAAAAUCUCCCUCACCCAAGGAGUCUCCAGAGUUCUUACUCCCAACUGGCUUAGAGUGAGCGUACUCACCUCUUCCCAACCCCAAGGUACAAGUAGCUAAGGAUCCUCACCUUUCACUGCCUUCUUCUGAAGCUAGGGACAAACCCAUUCCCCCUCCUCCAUGUGGCCAUUUCCAUUCCCACUCCAUCCAGUAAAUCUCAGGAGUGUUAUUUAAAUUGGGAGGACAAAUUGGCUGGCUGUCAGCAUUUUCACUGGCAUGGCAAAAAUCCUGAUCACCUUUCUGAUAAAAUGUGAAUCCCUUUGCUCAUGUGUUCUAACAAGGCCCAGGUAGAGCAGAAAUAUUGUCUCCUUCUGGACAGCAGCCCUCUUCUAAUGCAGCUUAACAAAACACUGUGCCCUCUUCUGGCUACCUUGUCCCACUGCUGACCUCAUUGAGCUCGUGAUCUACUAAAUACCUUUCCCAUCCUGUAAUUUGGGAAGUUGAUUGUUUUAGCCUGGGUAAAACUUUACAUUUGACCCUCAUACAUCUCCUUACUCGAUCUGUUCCAUCAUUUUAGUCUGUUGAGAUGGGUUUUGACCUGGACUGUGUCUUAGUUAUCUCUUCAAGCUUCAUGUCAUCUGCAAAUUUGACAUGUAUGCUAUGUAUUCAUCCGAGUCACUGAUAGAUGUCAAAUGGCACAGAGUCAAGGGCAGACCCCUGGGGCACACCACUGAAGACAACCCUCCAAAAUGGCAUCAACCCAUUAAUAAUUUCUCUUUGGAUCUGGUCAUUCAAGUUUCCUAUCUUAUAAGCCAAUGGUUCUCAAAGUGUGGUCUGGGAAUCCUCGGGGGAAAGGGAGCCUCAGACCCUUUCAUGGGGUCCACAAGAUCAAAACUAUUUUUAUAAUUCUAUGACAUUUUAACUUCUAAGUAAAUAUCAAUAGUUAUUACCAGAUGUGCUGGUGUUUAACAACCACCUCUCAGGGAAAAAAUGCACUAUACACUUUUUAAGUUUAAUAUGCAUUCUCACCAUUAUUUUCUUAAGCCUAGACAAUCAACAAAAUAAUUCAAGUCCUAAUCUGUAGCAUUUUCUGAGGUAUAAAUGCUCACACCAAAAAUUUAACAAUCAGCUCUCUCAAUCCAAGCUGGUUUAAGCUGACUACAGCACACUCCUGGAUAGAAUACCUAAACAAAAGCUGUGUUUGCAUGUGUGUAUGAGAGAGAGAGAGAGAGAGAAGAGGAAAGGAGGGGUGGCUGGAGAGACAAAGAAGAAGAGGGAGGGAGAGAGAGGAAAGAGCACCCUCAGUAGUAUAGAAGGGGUCCUAAAAACAAAAAAAAUUGGGGUGGGGGGCAUCUGUGAUCUAACCUCUAGCUUUCCAUCCUAUACAUAAAUACAGCAUGAAAAACCUUGUCAAAAGGUCCAUGGAAACUGGCUACAUCCCUCCUCUAAUCUGCCCAACUAGGAAAAGGAAUACUGGGAGUUUGGGAGAAACUUUCUCCCCCAUAAAGAAACCUCCAAGACUAAGGAAACGUGGGGCUGGGUCAAUAGAGACGAAUCUCAGGCUGUGCUUUAUUCCACUGCUCAUUAGCAACGAGAUGAAUAAGGCCCAUUCCAACUUGAAGGAGGUCUCUACAGUCCUACAAACUACGACAGAGAACAGACCUGGUCUUUACUGAUUCCUGUGGCUCCAGGGUUUUCCUUCACUCUCCCUGAUUUCUUUGCUACUACUCAAUGCUGUUGGUUGGCUGUAUACAGAGAGAGCCCAAGAAGCUAUAAGAAUCCAACCCACAUUCUAAGCAGUUGAAGCUGCUACCAGCUGGAGCAAGCUCCCUUAGCAGACUAAUAAAUUUCUUUUCCUUUC